AUGUUCAUGAAGCUGAUUGUCGUUCUUGUCAUCGUCACCGUUGUGACUGGUAAUGGUGACGUAGUGGAUGAAGAUGACCGCGAUGAUGGAAAUAUUUUCGGUCUUAAGCUCUGGAACAAAACAGACCUCGUUAUCAACACCGAAAACAUUGCUCGUUACACGGUAACGUGGAUUCUUACUCUGCCAAACGACUUGCGACUUAAGCCAGGAAUUAUUUUCUCUCAGAAUCCGAACUUCCUAUUCCAUAGCUGUUGCGAGGAACGUCGUCUGCCGGCUGCGUGCAUUCAACGAUGCCAUUUCAAUACGUAUGAAAAGGAAGUGCUCGAGUCGAUGUUUGUGGGCACUGACGAGUGUCACAUAGAUUUCUUGCCAGAAAUGCAGUUCUGUGCUGCACAAGGCAUGGAUCACAGCAAGUGCUGUAUUGAGAAUGGAGUAAGCGGCACAACAGCUGGAGAGAAAUGCCUGACUUUCUGCGACCAAAGGCCAGACCUCUACACACCGAUCGACUACAGUUAUGCUCCAUGCUAUGAUCGGUUCGAGAGCAUGAAACGUUGCUUCUAUACCCAAAUUCGUGGAGCAGCUGAGAAGCACUUCUUUCCAUUGAUGAAGAGGCGACAAGAAUGA